UUAGUGCUGGGCGAGUCUAUCACACGCGCUGUUCAUCUCUUUCACCGUACACACUUAGCUCUAUAUGUAUAUAUGUACGUAUAUGCGUAUGAGCUCAAUACUUUCGCCAUUUUAGAAUAUUUUUAGAGUGCAUUCUGCUGUUGAAGGUGCUGUUCGAGACUCGAUCGGAAAAUCGCCGGAAAGGCGCGUGGUACACGGAAAAUUUCCCGGAUACAAAUGGAGUCCUUCUUCACCGCCGUCGAGCUGAAUCACAUCGUUCUCCGUUAUCUCCUCGAAUCAGGUUUUGUGCACGCGGCUUUCAAUUUGAGUUACGAGGCUCGUAUCAACAAGUCUCUAAUCGAUGGCAUUUCGAUGAUACCACUUGGAACACUGUUCACCCUCAUGCGCAGAGGACUUCUGAGCAUUGAGAUGGAAGCAAAUUUGACUGACGAUGACAGUGAUGUGGAUGAAAACUAUGUGCUACUGAAGCCAAUGGAUCUCAUCACAAAAAAACUGGAUGAAUUGAAGGCAAUUGUGAAGAAUGAGAGGAGAAGCAACCAAGUUGCUGGGGAGAGGCAGGUGAACAGAGAGGCCGAAAGAGUUCGCCCCACUGGGAUAGAUACGGCAACAAGCGACCGCCCGAAAUGGAAUUGGGGCAAAAAAGGUAGAAGAGGAGGUCGAAGACGGAGUUGAAAGCAGCAAGAAAUUAGAAAAAAGAAAAAAACAGAGGAAUUUUUACUUAUCAAGAACUCAAAAUUCUCUGAGGUAAAUAAUACUUUUUGGCAACACAAGGGAUGCUAAGUAUAGUUUUUUUUUUUUUUUUUUGCUUGCAUAAUAGCCUUUUCUAGCUAGUAUUGAAUAUUGAUCAUGGAAAAAUAGAUGUAGUAAUCGAUGUAUAUAAUGUUUCCUGAUUAGAACCGAACCGAUACAGGCGUAUUAUUUGCUUACACUUUA